AUGCGCCAGGUAGUCGCUGAAGAUGAUGCAAGUGCGGGAAAGGGCGUCCCGCUUACCGCCGAGGUCGUGGAACACCUGACGUGGAUCGGAAAAACCGUGGGGCCUGUGCUGGAUGAGGUCAGGAAGGCGAUUCAUCUGACUGAUCUGGCAAAGGUAACCGUGGCCGGGGACACCCGGUCCCGAGACGUUCUAGAACUAGCGUUGCUAUCGCUCGUCGAGUGCCUGCCGUCCAUCGACUUCGCGGAAGUGUGGCAGUUGGACAACGACGGCAGUAUUCGCUGCGUCCAGGGCCUGAUCGCCACGGCAGGCGAAGGAGGUCGAAAGUAUUACCGUUCCAACGAGCGCGUCGACAGCCUCCUGCAUGGUGAGGAUGCCGAAGAGUUUAGCUUGAAGAUGGAGCCCGAGGCUAUCCCGGACGCCGCCAUCAGGGGCACGGGAGACGAAACCACACCGCCAAAGACGAACAGUUACGGAAAACAAAAGAAGAGAAAACACAGUGCAGCCAAGCCCAACCACGCCGUGCACAUUCCGAAGGGUCUCGUCAUUCGGCCGAAGAUGACGUGCGGGAUACUAGCAGCAGCGCCGUUUCGCGACUACAGUUUCAAGGUGGGAAGAUCCUGGAUCGGUGCAGAUAGGCUAGCGCGCGGCUUUGCGCUUGUCCUUCGGACUAAGGUGCCGAACAAUGGGCGCGCCAAUGGCGCGGUGGUAAAGGAUGGUAGCAAGUGCGUGGGCCGAGCAAGUGACCAUACUAGAUCCCCUGAACGGAGCGGUGGCUGGAGUAAAGCCGGAGGUCCUGCCGCAACAAUGGCACAGCAUGAUGGACUUCCAAACAGCAGCAGAAAUGGGAGUGUCGAAGAUGGUGCCUUCGCAGCACGCGUUGCCAGCGAAGUGGGCGUUGCGCUGGCCUGCGUGCGAGGUAGAGAACGGCGGGCGGCGAUUCGGGCGCAGGCGCUCAAGAAACUAUCGAACGUGUGCCUGAACGGCAAGCCUUCCGGAAACGAGGCCAAGGAAGCCGUCCUAACCGAGAUUUCCAAGGUGCUCCCGGGAUGCCGCGCGUACGUCGGUGUGCUUCAAUCGGGUGGACACGCCUUGCUCUACGAGGCGGCCACCCCCAAUAGCGCGAUGAAGGGGAGAGAGCUACGUCGGGGCGAAGGCAUCGGCCUAAGCUGCCUGGAUGAUCCCAAUGGAGAGAUCCGUGUGAUACAGCACCGCGAAGGCACCGCGUCCGGGAUGGACGCGGGCGCCCCGGAGCCAGUCAGCCUCCAGGAAGCCGCGAAGGAAGGGGGGUCGAAACCGCCGAACUUUCGUGUGGGUGACGUCGUUGAGGUGUGGUAUGCCUCGUCGUGGCUUCCCGCAACGGUCGUGCGGGCAUGGGGGCACCAGUGCUACGACGUGAGGUACGAACAGUUCAGGGAGACAGAGGCGGGAGUACCGGGGUGGCGGAUGCGAGAGGUGAUAACCCUGGAACACCUCGACGUGAAGCUUUGCUGGGAAGGAUCAUCGGAACAGGAUGGGAGCCACGAUGCAGACGAAGACAUCCGUGCCAGUGAUCACAGCAGCAAGGCGUGGCCGUGGCCGUUCGUGUGCGCACCCCUCCGAAGCGCGGGGAACCGGGUCGGGGUGCUGGGGGUAGACGGGUGGAGUGACGUGGAGCUGGGACGACCAGACGAGGUUCACCCGGAGAAAUCGGUGGUGAAGUUUAUACACGAAGCCGCAAACUUGCUCGCCGACGCCCUCUACACGGAGCGGCGAAACAGAGGCCUGUCUGCACUGGGGAAGGCACUCAGAGAGCAAGACACAACACAGAAUGGCGCGCUGGAGGCACUCCUUGUGCUGCUGCGAGAGACCAUCACGUUUCGCACGCGAAUAGACGUGCUCGAGACUCGUGGUUCUGACCCAGGAGCCGUGUACUGCCGUGGGACGUGGCAGGAGAGCUCCUCCGAGAAAGAAAGGGGGACGGGGUUAGGGCAGCGGGACCGAAGGCCACAAGCCCCAGCGCGCGUGUUCGAUGUAGGCGUUGCCCCUCGUGUGGAGGAGCUGUGCCUCACACCCGCUCAAUACAUGCGGUUGAGCAAUCAUGAUAACCGGGGUGGCGGGGGACCCUUGUCUUCUCAUAAGCAGACUCAGCAGUCCCUUUUCCUUAAAGAGAUCACCCCCUACCAAAGGGAAAUGCAUUGCAUCGCGAGAGACGGCCUGGGCGCCACAAGCGGCCUGCAAGCCAAAGCGCUUACCACACCCGGUCGACGAGGAGAAAUUGUCGGUCGAUUCCAACGUCUGUUAGUUAGAGCCGGGGGAGGCCGGCCGUCCGCCGACGGCUGGUACUUCAUUCGAGUGGCUCGGACCCUGCCAGAAGACAUACCGCUAGAACCAUCCGACACGACGAAGAAGAUCAAAUCGAAACCGAAAGCUACCAAGGCGCGAGGAGUAUCUACUGCCAACAAUCCGGCCGUAAGCUCCGAGGAUGGUGACAUAUGGCUGCUGUCCGAGAUGUGCCGUAAACUUGAGAUUGGGUUUAUGGCCAUGGCGAGCCGAGAACAACGUGCGCUGGUCCGCGUAAAGGCUAUGGAUAGGGUUCUCAACUGUUGCAAAGGUUUCAAGGUCGCUGCUGCUGCGGCGCCGUCACCGACGGCCUCCAAGAAUGCAGUCGCUGAUGACCACUCGAGGGACAGGACGGCAAGAACUGAUGCAUCGUCAGCGAUGGUCCGUACCGGUGGAGGUAGCAAACCAGCAACAGGCGCCCUCGAUGGGCCAGGCACUAAGAGGGGAGCCCUGGCAACGGUAGACACACCAAAACGCAAGACGGGGCAAAGGGCUUCAAAACGGAGUGGAAAACCAGGCACACGCGACAAAAAGGACGUUGACAGUCCUACGUCGGCUACUAUUGCGAUGGCGACGGAGGAGACGGGGGAUUCAUCAAGCCCCAGGGUAUCUGCUGCUGUGGCGGUGGCGACCGGAGACGAGACAAAGACGAGCAAGAGGGCCGCCCAACACCUGAUGUUCUCGACACCGGUGCAGGCGGCAACCCCGGCCGAGACUGUCGACGGGCGGAAAGGAGCGCUGGUAACGCUGAAAGACGGCAGGCUUGCGGUUCUAGUUCACCAGGGAGACAAGAGGGUGGCGGUGGUCGAGCAGCCAGGAGGGAGGCAACAUACUUUGCCAGAGAGUGAGGUGGUUCCAGGACAAACGGUAUUCCUGCAAAGCGGCCGAGAAGCCCUGCUGGUAGAAACUACCGACAACUCGAACGCUCUGUUGGUGGUCAGCACGAGUGGGAAGGCAAACAUAGUGGAAGAAACUGGCACAGGGAAACUUUCAAAGCUGCCGUUGUCGGUGCUCAAGGAUCUGGACGCCGUCGCUGCUCUCGCAGCAGGAGAAGGGCCGCCGGGGGCAAUUAACGGAGCUGAGCUAAUUAGACAGGUCAUCGCCUCCACGCAGUGGGUGAUGCCCCAGGUGGACAUUUACGUCGGCGAGCUCUCGCCGUUCGGGAGCUCGGUUAGGUUCGCGACAGCCAGCCCGCGCUCCAACGCUUCGGGUCGACUCAUUCACAGACAUUCCAAGCCCAACGGAGGCCCGACGUUUGGCGUGGUGGAGGACUCCGGCGCACAAGAAGAUUCUCAGGACGUAGAAAAGGACGAAGUGCAGAGCCCAUCGUGGGACGUCAUCGACAACUGCACGACGGCGGUCAUUCCCGGCGUUUACAGCCAAGACUCCAGCCGCUUGCAUUUUUUCUCGGACCCGAUGCAGCAGGGCUGGCCGUGGGUAGCAGUACCGAUUCGACCGAGUACCUCGAGCAGGGCGGUUCGCGGAGUCUUUUGCGUCGACAGGUUCGAGGACCCCUGGGCAGACGAGGAAACGGUCACGUGGCACCCAGAGAAGGACGUCCUUGCCUACCUGGAAACCUGCGCUUCGGAGUUGGGCCUCGCCCUCGACCGGGAGGCCAAGAGUCGCGCGCUUCGGAGGCUCCGCUCCAUUACGUUGGACGAAGACACAGCGGUAGCGACAGCACCAUCACGGCCUGGAUCUGCUUCGCCUCCUGCUGCAGGGAAGACGCACAGGGGGGGCUUACGAAAGCACGGGGCCGCAAAACGAGACGGAGGCGUGAAGAGCCGAGAUGAAGGCGCUAGUGUUUCGUCCGCCCAAGACGUGUACGCGGCCGUUGCGACCUCCAUGUCCCAGGUGUGGGAGGCGACCCAGCCGUGCGACGAAGAAGGCAGAUUUUUCUUGGAACCUUCUCUGGCAGGCCAGCCGCCCCUGUUCGAGGCUGAAGAUGGCGACACGCGAGAUUACCUCAAGCUUCAGAUCACUCACUGCAUGGGGCUCACCAAGGCCGAUCGCUUCGGUCUAUCGGACCCGCUCUGCAUCGUCAAAUGGCCGCGGCACACCCGAGAGCUAGGCAAAACCCCGACUGUUUACAACACCGUUCAUCCCGUUUGGAAGGCGUGCUUUUUCGAGCUUCCCCUAGAAACGGCGGCACCAGCAACGCCUGUUGCGGUCGCUGUUGGCGGUGGAGGUGGUGGCGGUGGCUCUCGCAAACAUAGUGGCGAUAGCAGCUUCGGUAAAAGUGACAGCGUCGACGAGGGCAAUAGGGCGAGCGGGUGGGCGGGGGGCGGUGGAAGCCUAGAACGACAAGAGAAGAAGACGAUAGAACUCACGGUGCAGGUCUGGGAUGAGGAUGGGGGGGUGGCUGCCGAUUUCCUGGGCGAGGUGAAGUUGGACGCACAAGCGUUGCUGGAAAUGGCACGCGGCCGACUGAAUCUGGUGCUACCGUUGGAGGCCAAACACGACGGCAGCAUGACCAAGAAAGAGCGGGAACACGUGCAGGGAAGCAUCGGACUUUGUCUGGCGCCGGCCACCGACGGAGCCUUGUCUCGUCUUCAGGAGUCGAUAGACGUCGAAAAGGUUUUCCUCGAGGUGACGAUUGAGGGGAGCUUUGGACUUCGUCGGGGAGACGGCGCCUGCGUCUUCGCGAUCGCUACCUUGGACGGGAGAGACGUCGGAAGCACCGCGGCUAUGCCUAACGGUUUCGACCCGGUGUGGAUGGAGACCGUUCGCAUCGAAAUCGCCCGCGAUCGUCUUCAUAACCGACAGCACAAGGGGGAAGAGGGACGCGGCCCAAAAGGGAACAACGGCGACUCCUCCCCCGCACCCAACGACUUCUCGAUCAUCGUUUGGAAUCGCGUUCAAGGUCGAAGGCAAACGCACCCAGACGAGUGUGAGUUCGUGGGGCGCCUGGACCUCUCGGUUUCACGGCUAGUGGCCUACGCCGUUAGUGACGAAGGCGCGGCAGGCGGCACCGGGGAUGCGAAAACGACCAAGACUCAUAAACUGCCACUCAAGAACAAGAGAGGCAAUGAAGAAGAGGGAUGUUUGGUGUUUACUGUCCAGGAGAGGUCGCCCUCCGAAUGGCGAGCAGGGCUAGCGGAAGCCGCCACGAUCGCCGAAAGCUACGCCGACGCGGCUAACGUAGAGGCUUCCGGCUUAGAUACGGUGUUCGACAGGAGAGUGAGGCUGACGGUGCUUCGAGCGACUGGUCUGGCCCAGGCGGACGAUUCCGGGGGCGCAGAUCCGAUGUGUGUGCUAAAAAGGAGGGGUCGUGAGGUUGGCCGAACCACGACGAUCUACGGCAGUCUCGAUCCCGUCUGGGGAACCAAGAGCAAGGAGGGAGAGAGCUUCUUGCUGACCAUUCCUCACCCCCGAGAGGCGUCCUUCGGAGGGGGCGGCGUCGUGCUCGAGGUUUUCGAUGAGGAUUUUGGAGACCCCAGCGACUUCCUGGGCCAGGUCAUAGUAUCUGGUAACGACCUUCUUCGCUUCCACUCUCCGGGAACGUUCAAAGGAACCGAGGCUCAGCACAGGCAGGUUGAGCUGCAAAAGAAGCCGGAGGUGCCACUUUCAGACCAGUGGUUAGUGCAGGGUGAUUUGUUCUACAAGCUGGAAGGGGUCGACAAGGGAGACGAGGACGUGACUGAUACGGUAGUCAUCGAUCACGCGAGCAUCGUCGAUGGGCCCACCGACCUAGAGGAAACCACAAGAGGAUAUGCCGUCCCUUUGCUGAGCUCACAGUACCGACGAUUGGAGAUUCGGGUGAUGGAGGCGGGCGGAUUGGCCAAAGCCGACAGGUUUGGUCUGUCAGACCCCUACGUCGUGAUCCGGGCCAACGGACAGACGCAGCUGGGGCAUACUCGCACCAUCGCCCUAUCGCUGGAUCCCGUGUGGACGAAUCCGGAAGAGCGUUUCGUGGUCGCGGUAGGCUUCGAAGACGCCGCAAAGUGCGACCUGACAUUGGAAGUCUGGGACGAAGACGACCUCGGGCAGGGCAACUUCUUGGGUCAAGUUUCCCUGCCCAAGGCGCAACUCUUGGAGUUCAUUCUUCCGACUGGACCCAUCGAGUGCGAGCUGGAGAAGAAACAAACCGAGGAUGACGGUUUCAACGAGCUGGUGCAGGGAGUGCUGACGUUCUCGAUCCGAGAGGCGUACGGCAACAUGCCCGAUGAGCCUCCAGAGGGGGAGGGCAGCGGUGGCCAGGUGAUGUUGACGAUUUUGUCAGCAAAGGGUCUCGCGAAGGCGGACGUGUUCGGAAAGUCGGACCCUUUCGGCAUGGUUCUUCUCAACAGGCGGGAGAUAGGUCGCACGCGUACCCUGUUCAAAACUCUCGACCCUUGUUGGAGCGACCCGCGAGAGACCUUUUCUCUGCGCGUCGCAGGCAACCGCUGUAACGUGAUUGUCCAGCUGUGGGACGAGGAUUUGGGGAAACGAGGGGAUUUUCUAGGGCAGGCUUCCCUAGCAUGGAGAGACCUUCAUCUACUCCCGGGCGAAGCUAGUCGCGAACUGAACCUGGCUCUGGGGUUCCGCGACGACGCCCCCAAGAGGGACCAGGAACUGGUGCAAGGGACGGUACAACUGCUAGUGGAGGCACCAGUGGCUGAGAUACAAAUUGGGGACGGGGCUGCGCGAAGCUACGCCGUGACGGUGGAUCGGGCGUGGGGGCUCGGAAAAGCCGACCGGUUCGGGAAAGCGGAUCCAAUCGUCUCCAUCAAGGUGAACGGCGACGGAGAUAAUGCCGAGAGAGGCAGGACUCAUUCCAUUGCCGGCACUUUGCAACCGGUCUGGCGAAACCCGCCGGAAGUGUUCAUCCUCACCGCGGUGGAAGAGAUUAUCCUGGAGGUGUGGGACGUCGACUUCCAUAAGAAAAGCGACUUUCUGGGUGAGGUGCGCCUGAGCAAGCAGGAUCUCGCGGAGAAGGUCCCCGUCGACGGUGCCCAUGAAUUCACGGCCGCCCUGCAGCCGAAAGCAAACGUCACGGACAAGUUUAAUCGACUGGUGCAAGGGUCGUUGAGGUUCACGUGCCAGGACUGGGUGAGCCCUGAUCGUCUUGUUCUCGAGGGGCUCGGGGAAGAAGUAAAGCUGUUCGUGGUGUCCGCCUCCGGCCUUCCGAGGGGACACCAUUUCGGCGUAUCCGAUCCGCUGGCGUGUGUGAGAUGGAAUGGCCUGGAAGUGGGGCGCACGCGAGUUAUCAAGAAGAGCACCUCGCCUGCGUGGGACGAGGGUUUCCAGAUUGCUACACCGCUGGAAAGUACGGGUAUUCACCAACACACAGGGUCGCCCGGCAACCCAAACAUCGAAGUGGUUGUGGAGAUCCUCGAUGCUAGCGCCGGCGGCUCAGCAACGGCAUUGUCAACCGUAGCCAGCACCCGGAGCGGUCUGAUUGGCCACGUCGUUCUGGGAGAGAGCACUCUUCGACUCCCCGAACCCGGGGACGGCCCGCCGUGCAAGGUUGUGGAACUCCCAAUAGAACUCCAAGAACCACCGUCGACUACGACCAAACGGAGGGCUCUGACUACUGCGAAACAAGCGUUCAACGGGGUUCAGAACCACAGCGAUGGCGAGAGGAAGCGCCCGGCAACGAUAAUUCUGUUCUUGGAGAGACAACCGCCGCCCAUGGGAUCGCCUCCUUCUCGGGGCCUGAAUCCUUUGUCCGCAUUGCAUGAGACGAAGGUAAGGACAGAAGAAACUAGCCCAACAGCAAUAGCAGCAGAAACAGACGGUCGAGAUCGGACGGACACCACCAGGUCUCGAACCACCGUCGAACACGACACCAACGUGAAGGAUAUCGGCCCCGACGACAGAAAUGUUAUGGACACGGCAGCCAUCAUCGCGGACAGCGAGCAGGAACGGCCAGGGCUACAGCGACCGCAACGAUCGCCAAGACCACCCGCGCGAGAGAAGAUGCAAAUCAAGGUUUACAACGCCUGGGGGCUAUCUUCCGGGGCUCGAGCCUUGGACGUAGUCAUUACCGUCAUGGCGUGCGGGAGGGGCGUCGGAACGACUCACGUGUCGUCGGUGGGAGGGACGACGUCGCCGGAGUGGAUCGACGAGCAUUUCAUCCUACCUUUGGAGAUGUGUGCCGAGCUGUAUUUCGAUGUCUGGGGGCGCAAGAUGGGCAACCAAGAUGCUUUUUUAGGACGGGUUCUCCCGUUAGAAGACCAGACCUUGGUCAAGGGGCAUCUGUUGUUCUCACUCAACCCCUGGCACGAUUUCGACUACGCUGGGGAGUUGGACAAGAGCAGGGCCAAUCGCAGCCUUCAGGUGCAAGUGCGCCUGGUCGGUGCGACUAACCUCACCUCUCCAUCAGCGUCGGUGUUCGCGACCUUCUCGUUCCAAGGCACGGAGCUGUCGAAGACGGAAGUUGUCCCUGCCCGUUCCGACCUUAGACAACAGAACGCCUCGCUCAACAGCCGAGCCUCCGCCGUGGUUACAGAAGCUGGGCUGGCACCGGGGCCCGGGGCAGUGCAGGCUGCUGCCGAGGAUAUCUAUAGCCAUGUGUGGUCGGCUCGACACAGCAACACGUGCACAGUGCCGCUCGCGGAGGAGUGCGUCGACCGUCGAGAAACCGAGAUAGAGAUCGACCUGUGGGAGGAAGGGGGGCCAGAGAAGGAGUAUGGGGAUCACCUUGGGCAGGUGAUUUUGACCGGGGACUUUGUGCCGCACCUAGCACACGGCGCGGUGGUGUGUCGCCCCCUUCGUCCGCAGCGCUCUCACCGGAGCACGAGCAACCCGGCCGCUAGGGGGUCACUCAGUUUCCAGUUGUGGCUUCGACGGGGCGGGGAAAGCCUCGCAUCGGAGUUCGUCCACUCUGCGCUCACGGUGGAGGUACUCGCGGCCAAAGGAUUGCCACCGCCAUCAGGAAGAUGGCGACGGGCGUUUUGCAUCGUGAAAGAAGACGAGGUGGAAAUUGGACGCACUCAAACAUCCGUCAUUGAUGACAUCAGCACGUCGACUACAGCUGCAGUGACAACAGACAAAGGGAUCUCCAUGCCGGGGGUAGUAUCGUGGGAAGAAGACCACCACGAGGACACCAACCAGUUCGCGGUGACGCUAUCGCCCCGCCACGGUGGAGGGCUGCCCCUCGAGCUCACCGUGGAGUUGUGGGAAACAAGCUUGGCCAAGGAUGAGGAUGAAGAUGAGGAUUCUAUUUGCGUUGGAAAGCGUGCUGCAGGCAAUGCAAACGUGACGUUCAUCAGAAGUAGGAAGAACAGACCGGAGCACGAAGGACAGCAAAGCAGCGUCCGACGCAUCGGUUCCGCCCGAGUACGUCCUGACACCCUGCUGCUCUCGGUACCAGGACGAGUCUCUCUCCCCCUCGAGCUUUUGCCGGCGGGCUCCAACUCCACGUGCCGAAGCGGUGCUAAAGGGGGCGCCAGCAUUUCUCCGGUCGUUGGCGCUACAGGCACCAAACAAACUGUGAACGCGGGUAAGUCAGACGAAGCCGGAGCCCUAACGUCAAAAAUUGUCCUGCGCGUCACCCCCCAGGUCGGUCUGCGCUGGGCACGUCGCGUGAUGACGGCAGCCCGGGCCGCGAAACGCUUCAUUGCUCUCCCGUCACCACCAACCCUGUCUCCGGGAACGAAAUUGCUGACAACAUCACCAAACAACCACACCAGUACAGCGCUAUCGGGCGACACCGACGAUGUCCAUGAGGCUCACGUGGUCUACAUGACCAACGCUGAGGGGUCGGCGAGAAAAUGGCGCGCCCCUGUCACCCCCGGGAACUCUAUCCCUUGCAAGGACUACGAAGAUGUUCUCGAGCUCGUUUUCGCGUCGGUGCCCGCAUGCUGCCCACGGGCGCCAAGCCUCCUGGUCGCACCGGUUUCCGACAUCGGCGUGCGGCUAGGGAAGGUGUGGAUCGGUCCGAAGAUCGCCGCACGGCACGCGCUUGUCGCUCACCGCCCUGAGCAGCAUCAACAAACGUCCAGCGAUCACAACAAGAAGAACGAUGGUGGCAAAGGCUUAAAGGUCGGUGAUAAGAAGACCUCUUACCCCUCCUCCGACGGUGGGGAUGCUCCUGUGGAACCUCCGCGAGAAGACGAGCUGUUCGUGCGAGUCGUGGCCGCCGAGGCGGAAGGCCUCUUGCGGCACAUCAGGGCAAGAGACAUGCGGGCCGAGCAGCGCAGGAUGACGCUAAGCAGGGUGCGAGAGAUCUGCGACGCUUGGAACCACGCCCGUGCAAGACGGGGCGACCCGCAGCACCAGGGGACCGCUCAUCCUACGGACCACGUCAAACAGGAAGAAGCAAGAAGACUCAGCAGUGCCAGCCACCUUGCUACGGGAGGUUCGCGAGCAGGGUUCCAUAGCGAGGGGAAUGACGGUGGCGACGAGCCAGAAGGACAAGGUAGAAUGCAGGACCCCGACAGCGAUGACAGCCGGGAUAAACGAGGAUCGGACUCAUCCGAUGAAGACGAUGACGAUGAUGACGACGAUAACGACGACGACCACAUAGACGGCCGUGCCUACGGAGAUCUCUACCGGAGGGUUCUGAGGGCGUUAGAGAUUGCCCUCCCGGGGGUGUCCAUCUAUCUCGGCCUCCUGGAGAGUGGCGCACAAAGUAUUCGGUACGUGUCGUGCACGAGGCAGUCUUCCAUGGCUGGGAAGCAGCUGAAGCGGGGCGAGGGUAUCAGCUUCUCUUGCGUGGGGCCUUCAUACGCCCCCUACGUUGUGUACCCCCCGCGCAGACGCGAAGCACCAAAACAAGGACGGGUCACCAUCAACAGCAACAGCCAAGUUAGAGGACCGCCCCGCAAUGAGGAGGAGAAGCAGGAGAACGCGACACCUCGGCCGGUGUCAUCUUCCUCUCUCUCCGAACCCAGCACCACAGAGGCCGUCGAGACAGCGACAGCGGCGGAGAUACCACCAUCCGACAGACACCAAACACCUCACGUGCAGAGAUCUCUAGAAGAAGGCGUCGUUUCCAUCCAGAAAUUGUUUCGAGGGAAGCUUGGCCGCGACCGGAUGCAGCACGCUCACCAGCAACAUCCAGAGGCAGCGAACACCUCUAAUAAGGGUGGUCGAACGACCUUUGGAGAGGCGGCGACGAAGAAACCGGCGUUGAUGAUCCCCAAGGUGUUCGACUACGAGGGUCGCGUGGGGUGGCCCUUCGUAUGUGUGCCGUUGGAGGGGUUCUUGCGGUCGAGCUCGAUUGGAGUGAUGGGGCUGGAUACCUUUGAGCAGAUGGGUAACAGCGGGAGCGUGCGCGACCAGCCGGAGACCGGUGUUGUGCGCAUGGUGGCGGAAGCCGCGAGAGCUCUUGGGAAUGCCGUCAGCUGCGAUCGUCGGCGGCGUGCACUGAAGGCCGUGGCCGAAUCGUGUCUCAGCUUGAAAUCUUCUCUGAUCGACGUGCUCAUUGCGACAGCCAAGGCCGUGGAGGACUCGAUCAUCCCCUCUUCCCGAGCAGAAGUGUGGAAGGUCGACCCUUCAGACGGGAGUCUGUUCGUCGUUACGAAGCGCUUGCCCGGUCCUACGGACCACCUUCUAAGCGGGCGCGCCAUGCAACCGCCGGACGAGCGGUCGUCUUGCCGACAACUGAAAGUCGAGGUUACAGCGGCCGAGUUGUCCCCGGCGAUGGCAGCCGAGCCCGUGCGGGCCAUCCACUCAGUGGCUGUUAGAAUUUCUACGACAACGGGAGAGAGAGGCGUGGGCAGGGACAGCAUCAUUGGCGCUGGAAACAAGGGCAGCAACAGCAAUGCCUUCCGAACGGCACCUUUUUAUGUGAAGCAGCUGAGCACGACGACCUGCUCUCCGCAGUGGUACGAGGGCCACCGCCGCCUCCACGUCACCAACAGCAUUUCCAGCCUGCGGGCCGAGAUUCUUGCCAAGGUUAACCUCGGCAGCAGGGGCAAGGGCGGAACUACAAUGGGCAACGAGAGGAGGGGGCAGCAACAACAACUACAAGCGCCACCGGCGGAGGGGGUGACGCCUACCGGGAGGGGGGUCGGAGGAGCGGCGGAAUUAGCAGCGAACAGUGAGAUUGUCCUGGCCUACGCCUCGGUCGAUAUCAACGCUGUUAGAGACGGAUACAACUACGUUCAACUGUUUUCAUCGGGGCAUCGAGAUGAUGAUAUGGAUGAUGGUGGGGGUUCUUCGACGAGGAGAGCGGAGCCCGGUGAAGGUGGAGGCUCCAAGGAGGAACUCGGUUGGGGCCGAGGUUACACAACACUGGUCAUUCAUGGGGCGUCUGGCCUAGCAAAAGCCGAUCGCCUCGGCGACUCGGAUCCAUACUGCGUCGUCAAGUGGGGAGGGGUCGAGCUGGGGCGCACGAAAACCUGCCCAAACACACGCGAGCCGAAAUGGGGCGAUGAGAGGUUUCGACUUGCUCUGCCAGCCGAAGAACCCAACGACAAAAAGAAGCAUCUGCCGCUAAUUUUGGAGGUUUGGGACGAAGACAUGCCGGGGACUAAAGGCGAUUUCUUGGGGCAGGUUGUCCUGCAAGCCAACAAGUUGGAAGACCCGGCCCCGGGACCCCGAGGGAUCGUGCUGUCGAGAAAACCCGCGGCCGAGCUGAAGCUUUCCAAGCAGAAGCUCGUGCAAGGGAUGGUGGAGUUCUCCUUAGAAACCUCGCGCGCCGCAGCCGCUGCCGCCGCCGCCGCCAUCGCAGAAAGCGGUGGUACUACUGCGCUCUCGGAAACCGUCAAGGGCAACACGUCAAAAGCGUCCGCAACGGACAGAGUUCAAGCCGGCAAAGGAGGGGCUGCGUCUUUCGCUGGUGGGGCUUGUAGGAAGGCGGAGAACGGCAGCGACGGCAAGGCGACGACGGGAACACCUGCCUGGCGGGACAACAACAAGGGCGCAGAGACGGGAAAUUUUGCUGAAGGAGGAACAAACGCCGCGGUAGCUGCUAAGGGGCCCAAGGGCCAGCAACAACAACAUGCGGCGUCUGCUGCUGCGGCGGCGGCCACCGAGAAACCUGUCGCCGAGCAGCGGUUGACGACCGAGUGGGAAGGGGUCACGUGGGACGAAGACGACAUGCCCGAGGCCAAGAGCUUGGGCACGGUCAGCGUGGGCAUGACGACCGUUAGUAGCGCCAGCCUGGGCACUGCCGGCAGCAUCACCCUCGGCACCGUGGAACUGGCCUCUAAGGACGGGGACAUGGCGCACGCUGGGCUUUCAGACGCAGUGCCCCAAGACCUUCUGGCCCACAAGUUUGGAGACUCAAAAUAUUUCUGCGUACUUGAAGUGGGGCAGCGCGAGGUGGACAGAACCCGCCAAGUGAAGCGUAACCCGGAGUUGGUAUGGGAAGCGCCCGAGGAACGAUUCCGCGUGGCGAUCGAAGACAUCAAGGGAGCAAAGCCCGCUCCGAACAGUGUAGGCUUUGUCAACACAACCAAUGCCACGGGUGCUGCCACUCCCGCUGGUGAGCGAGACCCGCCAUCACUGGCUACGGCAAGGCACGGCGAGCAAGUGACACGGUUGUUCGCGGAGGCUGGGGGUGAUGGUGAGGGAGCCGGCGACGCAACCUUGGGCGCGGACCUAGACGGCGGCGCUCCUGUGUCCGUGUUGAGCAUCCCGGCUUCGGCCUUGCGCCGGCAUAGCCAGCAACCACAUCACGGGCAGGAGGUGGCGGCGGGCGCUUCCUCCCUUACCAUAAGCGUAUGGAGCAAGGGGACGGUGAUGGGAGGGCGCAGGGAUGUCCUCGUGGGCACUGCGACGGUGCCCACGCGGUACAUCGACCACCCUCCAGGGGACGCCUGGAUUCCCCUCGCCGCAGGAGGGGAUAGCCGCGAAGAUGGGCAGGCGGGGGGCAAGGCCGAACACAAGGUCGGAGGCGGUGGACGUGCGGAGGAUGCAGCAGCCGUUGGGACCGAAUCCAAGAACCCUGACGCCACUCCCGCUCCUGCCGGUGGAACCACCACCGCCCGCAGGGGCAGCACUAGCGGCCAGCAGCCUGGGGAGGGAUACGCGAUACUUCGGAUACACUCUGCGUCGGGACUGCGAAAGGCCGAUCGAUACGGAAGUUCCGAUCCGAAGUGCUUCAUCGUCUGGAAUGGUGAAAAGGCCGGAUCGACGUCCACGGUGUACGAUCAAAGUGACCCUUGCUGGGACCGCGAAAAGGAGGCUUUCACGCUCCGCCUUCCCCGGGACCGGAGCUUGUGCCAGUUGCACGUUGACAUCUGGGACAUGGAUUGCGCAGGCACCAAACGAGGCGACUUUCUUGGGCGGGCUAUCAUACCUACUGUGGCAGUCCUCCAUCCGCGACCUGGAGGGGUGGAAACCCCGAUUACCCUGCCGCUGCUCCCUCUCAACGGCCCAGCAGAUCCUUCAAACGCCGACAGGGAAAGAGUGAUGGAAAGGGGCGGCACCGAGGCGGCAAUUGUCAACCCCGCCGCCGCCGCUGUUGAUGCUGGUCCCGCCGGGUUAAAAGCCACCAGCAGUGGCGGUGCUCUGAGCCCCGCCGCAGGGGUACCUAGCACACACCGCGACACCCGCCAUGGUAGGGGGGCAGGAACGGCGGGGGGGUUCGCGAGCAGGAUGAUGCACAGCGUCCAAAAGCACCUCCAGAUAGACGACACUAUCACCGGGACGCUGACCGUAUCGCUAGAACUCUUUCAAUACAGCGAUCAAGAAGGGGGACUGGCGCUCGGCGGAGGCGUGCGUCAGCCGGGGGCACCGCGGGCGCGCGCUGGGUACGCGGCGUCGAAGUUCAAGGUGGCUGAGGAUGCCCACGAGGCGAGGAGAAGGAGAGAGAGGGAGGGCAUCCACGUGCCGCGGAUGCUGUCCAGGGUGCAGGCUCUGCACGACAAGCUGGAAGGUUCCGUGAUCACGGGACCGGCGGCGGCCAGGUUUUCGGAUAUGACAAAUGGAGCUGCGGCAAUUAUCCCCGAGGUCCUCGCAGGACAGGUCCUCAGUCUUGCCCGCAGGGCAGGCGGAGCGGGGGGGCACACUGUGAUGGCCGCUAGCGGCAGUGACGACCUGGCUCGGGACCGACUCGUCGUGCUGCUCCAACCCAUCCCCACAGACAGGAUACACAGUGACGGUAGUGUUGGUGGUGGUGAGGUGGGUGAUAGUGUUUCGCGGUCUGGCAAUCAAGAAGCCGCUGGGGAGGAAACUGCGGGGAGGAGGGAGCGGCUGCGUCACGAGAAAGACAGUGCUGACGUCGUGGUCCGAGGGGCGGAUGAACGACCGAGGCAUGUCAUCGUCAUCCCUUGUCUGCCGGGCCAGAUAAGCCUCUUCAGCGAUGUGGUGUCAACGCUGAAUCCCGCCUGUAGCGGGGCCGGACCGGAGGUCGAUGGCCCUCUACGGGACAUGCCGGUAGCUGUGUUCCUCCUUUCCAGUGGAGGAUACCGCCUGAAUGAGGUGGCGUCAUCGGCCGGGUGGAGCGACGGGCACGCCUUCAACCAAUGUUCGGCGGCGAUCAGCGCGAGCGGCGGAGCUGGGGCCCGGUUUGUCACUUCGGCCGGCGAUUUGGAGUCUGUCGGGCGGUGGUCCGGGCCUCUGCCGAUGGCGAGCGGGCUGGUCAAGCGCGCUGUAGAACGAGGCGAUAUUUUCCUCGUCAUCGAAAGCACCGUCUACGUUGCCAACGUCUCGUGGAGCAGCAUCUUGCAAGAGGCGGUCUGCAAAAUCUAUUCGGCCGCCGUCAAGGCGCUCACCGAGGGCUUGCCCUGGGUUCGCGCCGCGGACGUGUGGCACGUCUCUUCGAUCCCCGACCACAAAAAAGUCUUCGAGCCCGAACCACCUCCUCCACCAAUAAAGACUCGGAAGGACAACAACGACGUAGCCGUCGACGACGAAGCCAGCAUCGUCGACGGCAGCAACACAGUAGACGGAGACAUGGGCAGCAUCGGUUCGUUAACCGUAGACUCUGGUGGCCCUGCCGGGCACGGUGGAGACAUCCGCGUCGGGGCCUACUUCUGCGAGCGGAUCGUCGGGAAGACGUGGUCGGGUGCGCCCGCCGUGAUUCUUCGGUCUCUGCGGGUACCGGGCAGGGACGAGGCGGCGUGCGCCGCCCGAUGGCUGCGCGAAAAUGGCGAGGGUGGCGGAGGCGUGUUUGGAGACGACGACGGCUGGACCGACCAGCGCCUCCGGUUGUUGGCGGACGAAUGGACAGCGUGUACGUCGGCUGGCGGCAUGCCCGACUACGGGUUGGCCAGCGGCGGGGGGGGCGGUCCCGGAUUCCGGUCCCGAGACAUCGCUGCCACCACCGCCCCCGCCACCGUAGGGAGCGGGACCUCCGGCACCGCCGCCGUCGCGGGGUCCGACACCGCAGCGACACUAUCAUCGCCGCUACCCCUCGUGUUAUUGCCUCGAGCAACGCCGCGGCCAUUUAUGCUUCACACCGGUCACGUCAUCGUCCCCUUUCUUAAUGGGCGCGUGCGGGAGACCGAGAAGAGGGGUCCCAACGUGGUCAUCGGGCACGGAGUGGUUCUCGCCGUCGAUCGCGGGGUAGACUGGCGGUGUUGGGAGUCCCACCUCACGGAGACCGCCGCGGUGGCUACGCGAUGCUUCGAGCGCUUGGAGCGCGAAGGGGAGAGUGUAGAGAGAGAACGGGUCAACGAUUGGGCGGAGAAACUCCUCAAUCGGAACACAGCUGGUCCGAAGUAG